GGGAGGGGUUAGAGAGAGAAAGCCCAAAUCCCAAUUCCCCAUCUAGCCUCAGCUUCUCGCGCGGCUAGAGCCUCCAGCAGUAAUAAAUGUACUAGCAGGCAGCUCAUUCUUGCAAGGCUACUCCAUCACCUCGUCGCCUCGCCCCCCCUCAGCUCGCUCUCGCAGGCACCCAUCCCAUCCAGCCUCGUCCGUCGUCGGGUCGAACCCAAAUCCCAUGGAGCCGCAGCAGCAGCCCGACGCAGCGGCCGCGGCGGGGGCGGGGGCAGGGGAGCCGGAGGUCCCGGCGGGUCUGGGCCUGACGGCGGCUGAGUACGCGCAGCUGCGGCCCACGGUGGAGGCCUACCACCUCUACGCCGUGGGUCAAGGUCAAUGCUCCUCCCUCCUUGCCCAGCGGAUCGAGGCGCCGGCGGCCGCGGUGUGGGCCAUCGUCCGCCGCUUCGACUGCCCGCAGGUGUACAAGCACUUCAUCCGCAACUGCGCGCUCCGCCCGGACCCCAACGCCGGCGCCGGGGAAGACGACGGGGAGCUCCGGCCCGGCCGCCUCCGCGAGGUCAGCGUCAUCUCCGGCCUCCCCGCCAGCACCAGCACCGAGCGGCUCGACCUGCUCGACGACGCGCGCAGGGCCUUCGGUUUCACCAUCAUCGGCGGGGAGCACCGCCUCCGCAACUACCGCUCCGUCACCACCGUCUCCGAGAUCCGCGCCGCCGGCGCCGCGGCCGUCGUCCUCGAGUCCUACAUCGUGGACGUCCCCGAGGGCAACAGCGAGGAGGACACCCGCCUCUUCGCGGACACCGUCGUCAGGCUCAACCUCCAGAAGCUCAAGUCCGUCGCCGAGGCCAACGCCGCCUCCAACGCCCCCGCCCCGCCGCCGGCGGAAUAACACCGGCUGGUGAUUCUGCUUCUUUUGGGAGGGGGUUGCUUCGAAUUUGACGCUUUGCAGGGGCUUCGAAUAGGUGUGAUUCCUGAGGUGCUGCCUGUAAUAAAACUCUCUUUUCCAUGGAUUCCUCCCUCCCUGUCUUCCUUUCUUUUCCUUUGGAAUUCUUUUACCUUUGUCGUUGUGAUUGCAAUUGGAAAUUCAACUUUGGAUGCGAUUCAUAGCUCGGUUACCUGCUACUACUAGUAGAUGAUUAAGCCAGUUAAAUUACUAGACUAGUAGUACUCAAAUGUUCAUUAGCUUUGAUUCAAAACUUACUCUAGCACUCAUCGAUCAAGUGAUGAUCGAUCGGUGACGCUGAUAAUGGCAAAUUGUUAGCACCAUUCAUAGGAAGCCAAGAUAUAUCUAUCUAUAAACUCUAUGAUGAUGAUGA